UGAGCUGAGCUCGAUAUGGAGGAGGAAGCUGAUCUGCUGGAUUUGGCUCACCUGACCGAGGUGGAACAGACCAUGAUUUUAAACGUUCUGCUGAGGGAUGCUGAGUUACGGCAGCGGGAGGAGGGCAGGAUCAGCAAGCUUGGGCAGGUAGAAUCGGACCCUGUGCGUCUGCGCUCCCUCAGUGGGACCUGGUUUACUGAAGAGCGCGCCAAACGGCAUCAAAGCAGAGGGGCUGACAUUAUCCACGCCUCCAUACGACGCAAAAAACGGGGCAAAGAUACGCUUGUGAUGUCGGUGUUUGAGGAUAAGGAGGAACAGAAUUUGUCGGAGAAUCAGGAAGAAAGCGCAGUAGAGGACACAGCAGAUCUAAAAGAAACAGAAAUCGUGGAAAAAGAAACUGAAACUGAGGAGGAAGAAAAGAGAGAGAGUCCCAUCCUCAUUGUGGCCCCUGAACCACGGCCCAGGAGGAAACGUGUCCCCAAGAAAAAUGAAGAGAACACAGAAGGUAGUUCAGGAGUUGAAGAAAGUGUUGCAGAUUCGGAUGUUGUGAAUGACAGAGUUCUACAGAAUGCCUCUCCAACACUGCUGGUGGACUCAGAGGGUGAUAUUGACUCUGGCAGCACUGAACUGGCUGACACCAGAUUUGGCUCAAUUAACAGCCUGCACUCCAGUCAUAUGAUGAGUGGAAGUCUGAUGAGUCUGUACAGUGUGGGGGAUUUCGGAGGUGUAACAGUGACUGGGCGAAUUCAGCUCUCUCUGCAUUAUGAUCCCAAGAAGGAGGAACUCCAUGUUCGUGUGUGUUGUUGUCAGGACCUGGCGCCAGCACGUAAUAACCGCUCUGACCCGUAUGUGAAAGUGUACCUCCUCCCAGACAACACGUCUCGCAGUAAAAAGAAAACCGCAGUAAAGAGGAAAACUCUGAAUCCUGUCUACGAUGAGACGCUUAAAUAUAAAGUGCGUAAGUCGGAGCUGCAGGCGCGUGUACUGAGCGUGUCCGUGUGGCAUAUGGAGCGUGUGCGGAGGAAUCUCUUCCUGGGGGAGGUGGAGGUGGGACUUGACCAGUGGGACUGGGGGCGAAGUCAACCAACCUGGUAUUCCUUACAGCCCAGGGUACAAAUGAAUCCGGAUGCUAUCAUCAGCAGAGGAACAAUCUUAUUUUCAAUGAAAUUCAUACCGCCUGGCUCUGAAGGAGGAGGCUUCCCUCUGACUGGUGAAUUGCAUAUUUGGUUAAGGGAAGUGAUUGGGCUCCUUCCUCCAAAACGUGGCAUUCCCAACACCCAUGUGAAAAGUGUGGUUUUGCCAGAUGAGAGUGGUGUUAGUGGGCAGCAGACGCGGGUGGUCCGGGGAUCAGUCAGUCCCGUGUUCAACCACACCAUGGUGUACGACGGCCUGCAGUCCAGCGACCUCUUGCAGGCCUGCGCUGAGAUCACUGUGUGGAACUCCUCUAACUGCCUGGGAGGAGUGCGCCUCAGCACAGGCUCAGGUGUGAGUUAUGGUCAGAAGGUUUGCUGGAUGGACUCCACUGAAGAGGAGAUCAGCGUGUGGAACACAAUCAUCGGGAACCCAAACAGCUGGGUGGAUGCUGCACUGCCCGUCAGAACCAGCCUCCAGCUGUGCUCAGAGUAGUGCUACAUCUGUGUGAGGAACUUUUGUCCAUCCUCUCUAAUGUUUCUAAAACAUUUCCCAUGACAACUUAGGAGUCACUGAAACAUAAUUGAGAAAGGACUGUCCAGGGCAGUUCUCCACUAUGACUAUGUGAUUGAAGGUAUUACCUGAGCAGAAAUGGACAUCAAUAGGGAGGGAUUAGACUUUAUACUGUGAUCAGCCAUAACACUAGCAUCAUUAAUGGGUGGAAUCUCAAAAGAGUUGUAUAUUUUAUGCAGCAAGGGAGCAGUCAAAUGACAGGUCAGGUGUUGAUGUGUCAAUUGAAGAAUGCCAGCCACUUUGACAAGGCCAAACAUGGUUCAGCUUGUCCAAAACAGCAGUUCUGAGUAUGCAGUGAAUAGUAUCUAUUAAAAGUGUUUCAAGAAAGGAACCAUCUGUGACCCUUAAACACCUAAGGCUCAUUGAUAUGAUCCAUUGAGGACUUAAAGACUUUGUUUCCAACUUCUCUGUGCAAGAUGCCACGGGACACCUUUAGAGAUCUCAUGGAGUCUAUGCCUCAGAUACUCUAGAUACUAGAUCUGUUGUGGCAGCAUAAAUCAGUAUUAGGUUGGUGGUGCUAAUGGUAUGGCUGAUCAAUGUAACUAAAGGACCAUUCAAAUGAUCCAAUGAAUCCAAAUCAUUUUGGAAUCUGCAGACUUUUCAGUCAAAAUAAGCAGGAUUUUUUUUAUUAAUAGUAAAUAUUAAAAAGUCUCUCCUAGACAUGGCAUAACACAUCAAGCCUGGUUUCUCAGGGGGUCCUGGAGUAGUUUUCUCUUUUAUGGGGUCUCCUCUGUGAUUUUAUUCCCAUCUGGAACAACUAAUGUAUGUGUUUUUCUCAGACGUCCUCUGAGAAAAUUACAGGCUGAAUUACCUACUGUUUUGCGCUGAACUCCACGGUCCUCCAGUAAUUUUAUUUUUGUCCGGACGCACAUCUCUAAAAUAGCUAUUUGUCCACUGCUACACACCGCAAUUACACUUCGGACGCGUGUUUUCACAGAGAUCCACUUCAACACAACAGCCAGUGCAAAUGGAGGAGUUACUGAACGUUAUGUCACCUGACCGAGAAAGCCAAAAAAAACUCACUGAUUAUCCUGUUUUUUUUUUAUUACAGUCCAAAUGCAAGAAAUUUAUCACUGAGCAAAAGUAUAAAAUAUUUUUUUUACAGAUGGCCCCCUGUGAAAAAAAAUCACGUAGGGCUUAAGACUGAAUAAAAUAUCUGACUGUGUUCCCAGUUAAACAGCCGUUAAAUUAUCAGAAUAAAUUAAUAAAAGUUAUUAAAUUAAUUUUGAACCUAAGAAAUGUCAAAUGUUCUAAGGUAUAAGAGGAAAAUACUUAUAUAAUAUUUAAAUAUUUAAAUAAUUUAACAGCAAUUAAAUCCCUCCAACCAAAAAACAUACCAACAAAAUCUUCAUUUAGGGAAUAAUUAUUUCUUUUUUUCCUAAUUUGAUCAACUUUUAACACAUUAGUUUAUUAAUGAAAGCACUAAAUAAUAACUUAAAAUACUAAAGAAAACUGCUGAUGUUUCCCAAAAGGCAGAAAUGGUUGAUGUAUGCUUUUUUGGUUGGAAAGGCUCAAUUAACUGCAAAUGUUUGUUCACUAGUGAGCUCCGUGUUUCAUUUUUAAUGGCACAGCCUCCAACAUGAAACGGAAGGACUUUGUUACUUUUUUUUUUUUUUUAAUCUUUGUCUGUGUCUCUCGGUGUUAAAGGGUUAAAGUAUUCUGUAAAUGUAUGUAUGUCUAUAGCACUUCAGUAAUAUACUGCAAUUGUUUACCAUUUGUUACAUUCCUAAUUUGGUAAAUGCAUAUUUUAUAAAUAUCUCAGCACAAAUGUGGAAUGAUGUAAAUGAUUGCCUACAUUUAUAUUUUAACAGCUUCUACACUUCUGAUGCACAUGGCAAACAUUGUGCCUGAAUUCAGGUUUAUGAUAUCAGGUUAAAAAUCACGAAUAGUGAACAGUGUCUUUUUCUGUUGUGAUUGAUGCAGGGUUUGUUUCCUUUUUAGUCAAUAUCUGUACACGUGGAAGUUCCACUCCAUAUGUCCUAAGGCUGCAGGGCUGGGGCGUUCCCAAUGAUGUGGUGGCAGAUUUUAUAUGCUGGCCUUACCCUUCGCUAGACUGAGGGUGCUCUUGUGCAAUAAUGGAGAGAUCUGAAGCUUCUUCUACUUUAACUAAACUUGCAAUUGGCCAAGAACAAAACUGGGAACUGUGGGGGAGGGGUAAAGAUAAAUGUUGAACAUAGUUGUUGUUAUUGAAAUAACAGAUUUUGUAACUGAAAAUGUAUAGUUUAUGAAAUAAACAUAAUUUUAAUCAUGUUUAA